AUGGCCGAGCGCUACAUUCCAGAGCAUCGUCGAACACAAUUUAAGGCCAAAAAUACUUUCAAGCCAGAAGAACUCAGGCGUCGCCGUGAAGAACAGCAGGUUGAAAUUCGAAAAGCUAAACGCGAGGAAAAUCUAGCCAAAAGAAGAGGGAUAACGGGUGGCGAUGGAAGUCGCCCCGGCGCAGCCUUAGGUGCCGAGCCAGACAGCGACGAUGAUAAUGCCCCGACAGAAAGUCAGUUGAACGAGGAACUUCCGCAGAUGGUUGCCGGCGUCAUUUCCGACCAAAUCGAUCUUCAAAUACAAGCUACGACAAAGUUUCGGAAGCUACUCUCGAAGGAACGCAAUCCGCCCAUCGAAGAAGUGAUCAAGACCGGUGUAGUAAGCCGGUUUGUUACGUUUCUACGAUCUCCGCACACACUAGUUCAGUUUGAAGCCUGUUGGGCGUUAACAAAUAUCGCUUCUGGUUCAGCUCAACAGACACAGGUCGUUAUUGAAGCCGGAGCUGUGCCAUUAUUUGUCGAACUACUCGGAAGUCAUGAGCCUGAUGUUCGAGAACAAGCUGUAUGGGCAUUAGGGAACGUAGCUGGAGAUAGCCCAUCAUGUCGAGAUUAUGUACUAAGUUGUGGCGCACUAACACCACUUCUCAAUCUUCUUGGUGACAGCCGAAAGCUAAGCCUUCUCCGUAACGCUACAUGGACGCUUAGUAAUUUCUGUCGAGGAAAAACACCUCUACCUGAUUGGAAUAUAAUAUUUCCUGCCCUACCUAUACUUGCUAAACUUGUCUACUCUCUUGACGAUGAAGUCCUAAUUGAUGCUUGUUGGGCAAUAUCAUAUCUCUCAGACGGUGCCAACGAUAAGAUCCAAGCCGUCAUUGAAGCUGGAAUCCCUCGUCGUCUGGUUGAACUACUCAUGCAUGCAUCAACGUCAGUCCAAACCCCCGCUUUACGAUCCGUAGGAAAUAUUGUUACUGGUGACGAUGUCCAGACGCAAGUUAUAAUUAACUGUGGGGCCCUCCCAGCUCUCCUUUCGCUUCUUAGCUCCGGGAAAGAUGGAAUUAGAAAAGAAGCUUGCUGGACCAUCUCCAAUAUCACUGCCGGUAACUCGAAUCAAAUUCAGGCCGUAAUUGAAUCUAAUCUAAUUCCUCCCCUUAUUCAUCUUCUAUCAAACGGGGACCUCAAAACCCGAAAAGAGGCAUGCUGGGCUAUCUCCAAUGCCACUUCUGGGGGUCUACAAAAGCCUGAACAAAUACGGUACCUAGUCAAUCAAGGCUGCAUCAAACCGCUUUGUGAUUUAUUAAGCUGUCCCGACAACAAGAUUAUUCAAGUAGCCCUUGACGGCCUUGAGAAUAUCCUGAAAGUCGGUGAGAUGGACAAAGAUGCAGGUGGUGAGGGACAAGAAAGCAUAAACCGCUACGCACUAUUUAUCGAAGAAUGUCAAGGAAUGGAAAAGAUUCACGGUUGCCAAGUUAAUGCGAAUGAGGAAAUAUACAUGAAGGCUUACAAUAUGAUCGAGAAGUACUUUGCGGAUGAAGAGGAGGGCAUUGAGGGCACAACCAAUCAGGAAGGCCAAGGCUCAUUUGGGUUUGGAGUAGCGGGGACUCAGGCCGGCGGAUUCAAUUUUGCCCCUGCCAAUGGUGAUUCGAUGGACAUGUAA